GAAGAAGAAGAACAAGAAGAAGUUGGGCUACAAAUUAUACCGGUUUCAUCGAUGCCGCCACGAUUCCCGACGACCAACGUACGGCGGAGAAAACGCACGGGCUCAGCCACGAGUACACGUUCUCUGUUGACCAGGAAGAAAAGCAGAGUCUCACGUGCUAGCCGCGUAUCACUCCCUGACACCAGAAGGACGAGCGCCAUGUCCACAAGAUAUCGCUUCGGCAAGUUGAGCAACGCCUUGUCACAGCUGGAUGGCCUGAUAGACAGGGUCUGGGAUGCGCAGUCCCCAGCUGAGCAACUCCUUUGGGGCGCAAUCUGGGUUGUCAUCAUUGCGCUGUCCAUUGUCUCAACUUAUCUCUCCUACCUCGUGGUUAUGCACAAAAGGGCACAGCACGUCAGACACGAAAGUCCCGACUAUGACAUCUGUACGAAGCCGUCAUGUUUGACCUACGCAUCGGAGUUCCUCUCGGGCAUCAACUACAGCGUGGAUCCGUGCGACGACUUCGAGAGCUUCGCGUGCAACAGCGCCCGGCAGUCCCCUAAUUUGGCCACCAGGCGGCGCCAUUUCAGCAACCCGUGGCUGGCGCAGUUCGACAACGCCGCCAAGUACCUACAAGAUGUCCUGGUGAAAUUCGAAUUUAAAGACGAAGAACCACACACGCCGGACUACAAUUUCUUGCGUAGAUUUUACAAGAAAUGCAAACCCGAGGUAACGGACACCAACACGACCAAUGUGGUGGAAAGGAUACGCGCCGUUCUUCAACGAAUCGGACUGCCACGGUGGCCCAUGCUCGAGGUGGACGAUCAUCUGAACCUGUUCGAUGUGCUGCGGGAAUCAUUCCUGCACCUCGGAAUCACGGGUCUCUUUGAGCUGCGGGUGCGGAGAGACCUCCAGUUUGGACAGCCGGGCCACACCAGGCCCUACAGCUUUCACAUCGGUCCACCGAAGCUCUAUCUGCCAGAGGAGUUUCUCCUGCUGCGCAAAGAAGAUACCCCCGUGUUCCGGCAAUACGAAGACGCAGUCACGGAUGUAUUUCGUGCCUUCAGGAAGCGGGUAGAGCUCGCUGGCAUCGCUCGAGAGAUCAUCAGGCUGCAGUAUUAUCUCAGCAAGAUGUUUCGGCUCAAACCAACUCCCCAAGAUUACUACAUCGGAAGUGUUCCGCUGCAGAACUUAACUGCGCGCGACUCGUUGACAGACUGGCACUACUUUCUUGCCGAUUUUUACGGCGACCGCGACAACUAUUCCGUCAGAGACGCGGCUGUAAACAUCUGGAACAUGGCCUACCUGGAAUACCUGACGAGGCUUUUCAGCGACCCUUAUAACAAGCGCGCCUUAGUGAAUUAUCUGGGAUGGCUGAUAGUGGAUAGCCUCGGGCACAUCGCCUUCAAGCAUCAGCCCAACUUCUACCGCACCGGCACUGACGUAAUCAGCACACGCAACACAGUGGAGACGUGCGCGAGGCUUGCCAUGAAGAUGGCGCCUGCAACCAGCGCCAGAAUUGUCUUCCAGGCCACAUCGUACCGAAGAGCUUGCGUAUACGUACUGAGGAUUGCCCAUGAGCUCCGCGAGACAUUUUUGGGUCAAGUGCGUUGGCUGGGCUGGAUGGACAGAGAAACCAAGGAAGUCGCUAUGAGGAAGAUUAAAGCCAUGAAGAUAGAAAUCUCUGACGGGAAGACAUCAGACGACGGGGUUGUUGACGUGUGGCAUGACGACUUUCCUUUUGCUGGGAUAGAGUUGAACUUCAGGCGGAAUGCGACUGCGAAAUUACUUAAGUGGCUCCUAAGGAAUGACACGGGUGAUGACUGCAAAGGGCAUGGGUACAUCACACCGUUUUCAACCAAUGUUCAUUACUUGCAUUGGUGUAACAAGUUAGUGAUCCCGAUAGUUAUGAUCCACAACGCGACGAUGCUGACUGAACUUCCUCCUGUGUAUGCAUUCAGUACCAUAGGCGCCAUGAUAUCGAUCAAGUUUAUGGAAACUAUCGUGUUCACAGGUGCCUUCAUUAACGACCGACUGAAAAUCCAGAACUGGCACUCAGAGUACACGAGGAAGAAAUUCAGCGACGUGGUGAACUGUACUGCAAGAAAUGUUGAUGCGAUCGCAGAUCGAGGUGCCCUACUGCAGAUGGAUUAUCCACAGGUACUAGAGGAGUUGACUAUGAUGUCUGGUGGGCUGUCACUUGCGUACAAGGGAUACCUAAUAUUCAUGGCCAAGUACGAAGAAGAGUUUGUGAGCUCUAACAUUCCCGACAUGAAGCUCACCUUAAACCAAUACUUCUUUCUGCAGUUCGCUAUGAACUUCUGCACGACGAAGAGCAAAGAAUACAAGAGUAUGCUGAACCUCACAGGCUUAGACAGUAAGCUUCGAAUUGUGGUUCCCAUGCAGAGCUCGUUUCGAAUGUCAAAAGACUUUGUUUGCGCGGAUACGAGUGUCCUGGGAACGCCUGACAAGUGUUCAAUCUUAUAGGAGCACGGCAAGCUGUGAAAUUGGGAAUUAGGAAAAGCAACUUGAAGGUUAACCUCAAAUAAAUAUUCUGUGAAAAAAAGUGCCUGAAGUGUUGUCACUUCUGUGAUUUCGUAACUUCUGUGAUUUCGUAUGCAACGC